ACCACUGUCCACUUUUCAGCGAUCAGCAGUGCACCGCAGCACUUCUCACUUCCCGCCGACCGCCGCGACCAGCAGCAGCCAACCAGCGGCAGCGACCAGUCCAGGUAUGGUUUUCUUCUCCAAACAAUCUUGGUUAAGCAUCGAUGAGUUGUCAAACCGUUAAUUCAAGUGAGGACAUUUUUGACUCAUCAUUGAAUCUAGAGGACAUUCAUUACAAAGAAGGCUACUCGGUAGGCUAUACGGAUGGCCUAAAUUCUGGUAAAGAUGAAGGCAAACAGGUAGGACUCAAAAAGGGGUUUGAAGUAGGCGAAGAAUUGGGUUUUUACAAAGGUUGUAUUGAUGUAUGGAAUGCUGCUAUCUUAGUAGAUCCAACUUGUUUCUCAUCCCGAGUGCAGAAAAGCAUCAAACAGAUGGAUGAAUUGCUCAAUAAAUACCCCUUCUCUGACCCAGAGAACGAGUCUGCUACCGAUAUUAUUGACUCCUUGAGACUGAAAUUUAGAGCUAUUUGUGCAACGAUGAAUAUUAAACCGGAGUAUGAUGGGUACCCUAAAACCUCUGGGAUCGAUAACUCCGGUUUCUAAUUGGUCUAAUCAUCGAAGGUCUGAUCAGUUACUUCCUUGUAGACUCUAUAAAUUUGCAUUAUCAACUGUCAUUACAUAGCUGUUGGUGUUGAAAAGAUUCAUGCCAGAGAUUAUAUGUAUUUGCUGGUUUUAA